UGAUUGCGGCCGGCUAUCGCUCCUCAGCCUAUCAGACGCAAGAGGUCAUUCUGGCUGCCCUCGAGGCCUCCGGCUCUGACGGUGAUAAGCGUCGACCUCCCAGGGUCAUCUCCGUCGACGGCGGACUGACCAAAAGUCCUGUCCUCAUGCAAAGUUUGGCCGACAUAACAGGUCAGCAAAUAAAUUCAAUACUUCUUAUUUCUCAAUAGCCCUCAGGGGAGGGGGCACAAAGAGCGGCCAACUAAAUGAAUUUUUCCUCCUCCAGGUGCAAAGGUUGUACGUCCCAACAAGUCCGAAGUGAUGACGGCUCUGGGAGCUGCUGUCGCCGCUGCGAUAUCUGUCGGCAUUGAUCCCACCCAUCUUCUCUCUAUCCGUCAACACGAGCCCAGCGAUCAGGAGGCCAAUACUUUCACUCCAAGGGUUAAUGAGAAGACUCGCGAGCUAUGGAUACGCGGCUGGAAAAAUGCCGUCCAGCGCAGUCUGGGCUGGGUCCAGAAGCCCUGA